AUGCAGUGUUCAUCAUCCAUUAGAACCUAUGUAUUUAGGUCAAUCAUCCUCCCUUUCCUAUCCCCUGGACAGCUUACAGCCUCCACUUCAGCAGUUCACCGACGAGGCCGAUGUUCGGCAGCGAGCAUCUCUCAUACGGCAAGAUGCAGUCAUACAUCAACGACUGGAUGUCCGCCUAUCCCUCGCGAAGUCGACGGUGGUCAGAAGUCAACACAACGCCGGUCCGUAUCAACCUAUCAGCCAAUCAGAGGACAUGAUCCGCCGCCGUCAAUCGAGAGUCAAAGGAGAGCAAAGGCGUAUCUUGGGCUUACAGUUCAAGGUAGAAAGGAAAAAACGAGAUUGCCCGGACAUGCGGAAACGAGCGCGAUGGCAUUGCAAAGUAUUAUGCAGGCGUAUGGCUUGGGAAAGCUCGGUAGCCAGAGAAGAACAGGUAUUACCAGAAAGGAAUAUGAUCAAGCUCGGCAACGAGAACAUGAUGGACCCUCUCAGGAUAUGACACUGACAACCUCAUCAAUAAAACAUACAGCCUCGACGCAGAUAUCAAGCAAUACGCCAAUACCUAAACCAACUGAACAAUCAACAUUAGAGAAAGAACAAUCAUCACAUACUGUUCCGCCAUUUACAAAAAGCCAACAGGACGACACUCCCUUGACCUCGUUUUCAUCUUCACAACCAGCAGCCAUCUCUCAAGGAUCGACUGCGAAAAUUCGAAUAAAAGCAACACCGUCAACUCAAAUUCCACCUGUGAUUCAGCGACUUCUAUCUGGACGUUUAUUUCGUUUAGCUGUUUUCCAUCUCCUAUCUACGCCAGAAUACGCUAUCAACGGUGAAUUACUAUCGAGUAUCGCAGACACGCUGGAACGGGGAGGUGCCGGGAAAUUAGCUAAGCGGUUGAGACGAGGAUGGGAAGUUUUUUCCGCGAAUACCGAUAGAACCGACCUGAAAGAUGGGAAAAACAAGGAGUUCAAGCGAAUGCGAUUGUUUUCCGAUGCAAGAUCAGUCAAAGAGGAUCGAUUACCCGCGAAUCAUUGGAACCUCCCCCUCAUACCUCCUUCGAAACCUUCAGAUACCGUAAAUAGGCAAAAUGCCUUGACAAAUUAUUACAAUGCUCAUUUACAAUAUCUGCUCACACGUCCUUACCUUUCUCAAUCAUCUCAUAUCCCCAUCACCGAACAACCAAGAGUCAACGCGUGGCCAGCACCGUCUCCUAAUCUGUCUCAACUCCGUAGACUGCUAUCAACGGUGAAGACAUUGGAGAGAACAAGAGGGUUUCGACCUGAUAGGAAAACAGCCAAUUUGGUAUUAAGAUGUUGGUUGAGGUCUGCGGCUCCGAGUGCUUCGCGGGAUGGAAAUGAAAACUCGUUGAGGGAAUACAGGGAUAAAGAAGGGAACACCAGAUCUACAAGAAAGAUGUUAAGUGAAAAAGGGUUGAACGUGAAAGAAUUAAGAAUGUUAUUCGACAUAUUGAGCAAAAUCAUAUCCUCCAAUCGAUUGAAAACUCAUACCGAUAUCUCGAAUGUUGAAAAGGAGGCAAUUGACAGCGAUGAGAAGGAGAAAGAAUGGGAAGAUAUCAUUCUACCGUUUGGAAAGCCGAUCAUCAGGGCUAUGAAGGGUCUGGGAGAUAAGAGAGGUGUAGAAAUGGUGAGACAAUGGAUGGAGAAAGAGCAACUCGCUUUAUUGGGCGCGGAGUUGCAUUAG